CAACAGACAUACUUACUUGCAAAGCCACAGGUAAUGCCAUCGAACGUCGAGUCUGACGUUUGAUGUCAUCAUCGAGCAGACCACAAAGUUCGAGGAUCAGAUGUCUUGGAAGUCUAUAUCUAGCGAUGAGUUCUUGGUCAUCGUAUAUAUCUAGAGGACACGUUCGAUCACGGAAUAUUCGUUGCCUUCGCAUGUCAUUGCGGCGUGCUUGCAGAAUUGCAGCCAUUUUCCUUAAGAUAGGACUACUCUGAAUAUACAACCUUCAAAUAUAUAGAGACAGUCAACGAAUGAGCAGAAGGUUAAAAAACCUGCGAUAGUCGUUAUUUUAUAGCCACCAUUGCUGAUUUAAUAUAAACGUGAUAUUUUUUUAAUGUAUGACUUUCAUGACUUAAUUAAUUAAUUCAACGCUCUGUCUGGAAUAUUUAGCACUCGUAAACAUCCGCAAAGGGAGGAGCUAAAAUCAUUAAUUCAAGCAAACUAAAGAAUUCAAACUGGUAGUGAAUGAUUAAAAAGGGGCAUGUUAUGUUUAGGCUAAAAGAGGAUGCAAGUUUCAAACAAAAUAAAACUACGACUUUCUUAAAUAAAAUCAGGCUUGGAAGUAUUUAAUAUGUCUGAGUAUAUGUGAGAGCAAUUAUUAUACAUACAUCUAUCUCAUUAUUGUGUUGAUUGUAACAUUAUCAUGAGUAUAUCGUUGCACGGACAACAUACAUUUUUAAUUAUUUUUCUAUCAUUGGUUGGAGAGGGGGCGGGGAUAUCAUCCCCGGUGUCUUUCCCUCAUUAACAUUGCACGUCAACAGAAUAAUCACGACAAGAAAAUACGUGCUUGUUAAAUAUUCAGGCACCGCCCACACUGCUAUGCCUAUGUGCACCCCCACCCCCACCAACAAAACACAAAAUAAACCGAAACAUGCAAGCCAGUCACAUGCGGAGCAAUAUGGAAAUACAUCUCAAAGAAAUGUAUGUCAUGCAUUCCAUGAUAACCAUUCAAUAGGCACACAAUUUAGAUGAAUACAGACAAAAGAUAAUAUAUCCAGUAUACUUAAAGACCUACAUUAUUUUGGAAUUCAAAUUUACCUAGAAAUAAUUUCGGCGCAAUGUACAUGUACAGUAGCAAUAGUUUUGACACUGAAUAAAGUAGGAUUGUGUUUCCUGAUUUUCGUAUCUCAUUUUAUUAAAACAAGACAUUUGGCGGUUUUAUUCAUCUAUUUCAAAAACAAAUGUACUUUGCGCUGAGAUUCGGGACACUAUAUAACUAAAAGUCCUUUUAAACUUCACUCUCUGUCAUGGGUUUUCUCCUAAUUUAAAAGAUCAAAAUGAGAUUUCGCUGUUUAUUAAAUAUUCAAAAAUAUAUUUGUACAUGUACAUACUAAAUUAAUGGAGUAAUUAAUAUUUUUAUGAAAACUUUGGAUGAACCAAAGUUAGUUUAAGGUUUAAAAAGAAGUGCACAAGCAUAGUGUGGGCCUUUAAUACCACUAGACCUAUUUGAUAAUUAUGGAAGUCACAUUGAAACGCAUGCGUCCUCUGUGGAAUUCACUUCCAGACGGAUACGUCGGGGAAUUUAAAUCUCACAUGGUAUGUCCGGUGUAUAAUAAUAAUAAUAAUAAUGGUGGCCCGAUUAUUACCCUGUAUAGUUAUGUGCCACUAAUGUAUUAAAGCUACCCUACCUGGCACUGUACGGAAAGUCUCCUAAUUCUUCAUUUUCAGAUCAGACGUUCAUCCCUAUCAAUCAGUGAUUGGUCGGUAUAAUAUGCAAACUACAAAAUUAAUACACGCCCAAUUUUAUCACCUCAUAUGCUGUGUAUUUGGAAAGUCUGUCGCCAUAAGGAAGGUGGGGGCUCCCACCCCCACACACAUACACACAUGAUAAUAAUGCAAUAUGAAUGGGAAAAGGGUAACAUAUAAAUCUUGUUCAGUUAGAACGUUUGAUGUUCCGAUAUCUUAUUGCUGUAAUUGAACAUCCCAUUUUCUGUGACAAUGUGAUAUGACGUUAUGAGAAUAUGAAAAAUGAAUUAUUGCCCCUCCCCCCUUUUUUCCCUUGCCAUGUCUAUAUAGAUAUGCUAUAGAUUGGUGCAAUUUUGACCUUCAUGGCGUUGAAACGCAUGCGUCCUCUCUGGAAUUCACUUCCAGACGGAUACGUCGGGGAAUUAAAUCUCACAAAGUAUGUCCGGUGUAUAAUAAUAAAAAUAAUAAUAAUAAUGGUGGCUUCUUGUAUAGCGCACAUGUCCGUCACGUUGUGACGCUCCUGGCGCUGCCCCGCUUAUUACCCUGUAUAGGUAUGUGCCACUAAUGUAUUAAAUCUACCCUACCUGGCACUGUACGGAAAGUCUCCUAAUUCUUCAUUUUCAGAUCAGACAUUCAUCCCUAUCAAUCAGUGAUUGGUCGGUAUCAUAUGCAAACUACAAAAUUAAUACAUGCCCAAAUUUCAUCAAUUUAUAACUUCACUGGACUUGACAAAAUAUGCAGCAGAAAUUCGACAUAAGAUUUGAAGCUGAACCACGCCCAAGUUCUGUCAAUCAACAUUCGAUUGGUCGGGUGUAGGCCUAAUCUAUGUAAAUGAAAAUGAACGUACAGGGGGGGGGGGCGGUUGUAUGCUAUAUAUAAAGGGGCUUUAAUUUUUUGUAAUCACAUGUUCCACCAUGGCGAAGCGACGAGCCAACUUCAACGCGGAUGAACUUCACCUCUUGGUAAACGAAGUAGAAGAAAACCAUCAACUCCUGUUUGCGGGGUUUAAAGACUUGAGUUCCGCGAAGCUUAAAAAAACGAAAUGGCAUGAAAUUGCAGUCAAGAUCAACGGAAUCGCAGGAGGGGAGAGGACAGGAGAUGAAGUCCGGGCAAAAUGGUCGAAAUACCAAUCAAUGACUAAAAACAAAUAUAGUCAAAUUCGUAAGCAGAGAACGAAGACGGGAGGGGGCCCUCCCCCCUUGGACACCCUCGACGACACCGAGAAAAGGGUUUUGGACAUUAUGGGUUCAACGGCAAUCGAAGGCAUUCAGGGAGGGGUAGACACGGACGACCAUGGGCCAAGCUGUUCGACUGCGCAACCUCCAACAACAGACGAGUCACAUGGCCCAAGCAGUUCAGCUUCCGUACCUCCGAAGGCAAGGCAAAAACAGCGCCGGCAGCCGCCAGCUGAUAGUUACUCCGAAAAGUUGCUCAGCAUAGAAGAGAAGAAACUGGAGCUUCUGCGUCAGCUUGUUGACAUCCGGAAGCAAGCUUUAGAGGUGGAGAAAGAACGGCUGGCCGAAGAGAAGGGAAAGCGGUUUCUUGAAGAAGAGAGAUUGGCUAUCGCUAAGGAAACUUUAGAAUUGAAAAAACAAAAGAAAAAAUAAAUUUGAAAGUACAACAUCA